CAAAAUAYCUUCCGACGGAAAUUACUACCAUCGUUGGCUCUUCCUUAUUUGAUUGGCUGGACGAACGGAUUGAUCGGGAACACAGCAAGAAGUUUUCGGAACCCAAACAAGAAUGCGCAGGUAGACGUUGACACAGGCAACGGACAAACCCAAUCAUACAUAAUGGGAAGCAAAACAAAAUAUUUAAUCAUGGCGCUUCUUUGCAUUUCAAUUCAAUCAUGUCAAGGAUUUCGUUCAUCCUCAUUGUCGUCUUGUCGGUCAAGAGCGGUGUCGUCUUUGGUCACCGGACGAGGUAAACUAUUCGAUGGGAGCACCAAUCGCCAACGUCGCUGCCUCGAUGACCUCCGUCACCAUGUACGUUCCCGGUCUUUUUUGUCGUCACAAACAAACAACAAUCUAAAUGUUAUCACGUCGCCCAAAUCUCAGACGGUCAAAAAGAUACAGGCAUUGCUGUCAAAACGAAAACAGCGGAUCAAAUUCGGCCAGACCGUGGUGGAAGGGCCGCGAAUGGUCUUUGAUUUGAUUGAUAAUCMAAGAACAACGCAUUUGGUGAAGCAGGUUUUGGUAUCUGUUCGCGACUACGAACUCCGAGACGAUUACCGAAGUCGAUUGUUCAGUGGUGAUGAAGACAGCAAGAGCAACGAUCUCUUGGUACAGUUGGUUCAUCCCGAUAUCUUUCCUGAUUGUUCGGACACAAUUUCACCGCAGGGCAUCGUUGCAAUCGUGGACAUCCCGGACGAGGUUUCUUCAGCAGCARCGAGCAAUGCCGAUGCAACAACGUCCAACGCUCCAAUGUACUUGGUGUUGGACGGGGUUUCGGAUCCAGGGAAUCUCGGGACCCUGCUGAGAACAUCGCUGGCAGUGGGAGUCGCAGGAAUAAUAUUAUUGCCGGAUUGCUGUGACGUCUGGAAUCCGAAAGCGGUCCGAAGCGCCAUGGGGGCUUCUUUUCAGAUCCCAAUUAUAGAAUAUCCCAGCUGGAGGGAUGCAAAAUCGAGAUUGCGGGAAUCGAAAGGUGUCCAGAAGGUCUACGCGGCCACUAUGGUCGAGGAAAGUAACGGAGACGAAAACAAAGACAAUCACAAGGCCAGCAUCCCAUACUUUGAAGUGGAUUGGACCGAGGGGCCUUCUGCUCUCGUCAUUGGAUCAGAGGGCAACGGCCUGAGUCCUACUCUUCGUGAAGACCUAGUGGUACAAGAACCAGGUGACGGUGGUGAGAUCGACAACGACUCGAAAAAUGUCCGUGCCACACACAUACCGAUGGAGGCCGGAAUCGAAAGCCUGAAUGCUGCCGUUUGUGGGAGUGUGAUCUUGUUCGAAUAUGCAAGGCAGUGCCAACAAGGCCCGAGCAAGAGAUGAUAACAUAACAUUGCAUAUGCUGCCAACACGAUAAGUGAAAUAAAUUUCUCAACAAUAA